AAUAUUUAUUCUAUUAUAAAUAGGGUUCAUUGUUAAAAUUUAUUAAAUCCAUGUCCAAUUCUAUAUUGUUUGAUUAUUAUGAUAUUGUCCACUUUAGGUCUUAGGCGAGUCCGCAUGGAUUUACUUUUAGUUUCUUUCUCAAUAUGCCUCCUACUAAUUAGAGUUAGUCAUCUCUUUAUAUAUUAGACUCUUUUUUGUCUAAUUUCCAAUGGAGGACUUUGUUUGAUAUCUCACAUUCUCCCUCAAACUAAGGACCACAUUCAUUUCGUGUGUUUUUUUUCUUCCUUUGAGAAUGCGUCUCCACAGCAUCUUGUUCCUUUGAGAAUGUUUAUUCCACCCAAUUUCACAGGUUCCAUGAUUUUGACUUGUUUCUGCCAUAGAUUUCUUCUUCCGAUUUGAAGAAUCUACUUCCUAGUUGAACGGUAUUUUGGUUUUCUUGCAGAUCUUCACCAAUCUGGCUCUGAAUGAAUUUAAUUUUGGUUUUCUUCAAACAAAAUUCUGCUAAUCAGAAUUCGACAUCUUUUUAUAUAUUAAACUCUCUUUUAUUUAAAUUCCAAUAUGGCACUUCGUUCGAUAUCUCAUAUUCAUACGUUUUUUUUCUUGUCAACAAUAGUGUUCAUAAAUGAAGUGUAGACAGCAUAAAUGUUUUUCAGUUUCAAACAAAAAAAGCCAAUAGUGUUCAUACGUUAAACUCCCUGUUCGAAACUACGCUAGGCGCUAGUCGGACGGCAUCCUCAGGCCUAGCGAGUUACCGAAAAAUCGGAGAUUAAACGGGAUAUACGCGGGCCUAGUUUUUAAUAUAUUUUUAUUUUAUUUAAUAAUUAAAAUUAAAUAUAUAGCAUAAAUAACAUUAUAAUGUGAUAAUUUAUAUAUACUCAAAUUUAUAUCAAUAAUUAACUUUAAUAAAAUCUAUUUUUAAAAAUAUAUAUGUAUAUACACAGGCCUAGACAACAAAUAAGGAAUUAAUUAGAGAUUAGUUUUUGUACUUUUAUUAUAAGCAUAUGCGUAAAAUGUCAAAGAUCGGUUGUCUCCUAGUGGUCAAGACCACUGCUAUCACGCUGAGCAACCUGGCUUUGACGUCCCAUCUGUGCAUUUUAUUUAUUUUCGCAUUAUAAUGUUAAAAUACAAGAGUCCCACAUCGGUUACAGAAGAAAAAGGAAGGGAAAUGCAUCUCUAUAUAUUGUGUCCUCUACAUGAAAUGUAUUGUUAAGAUAUCGGGCCAAUUAAUCAGUUUGACGGGCCGCCUAGUCGGCUUAUUGGACCGAUUAAAUAGUUUCCGAUUUUAUUGACCGAUUUGGUCAAAAUCGCAGCGGACAAAGUCCGAGUAGCGAUUAGACGCCGCCUAGGCGGCUAGGCGCCUGCUUUUUUGAACAGGGGUUAAACUUAAGAAUUACUCUCUCUCUUACGUUACUUUUCACCGCAACAAAAAGAAUAUACUAUAUAAUAAUACUCCGUCCAUUUCUUAUUGUAAGUUGUUUAAGGAAAAAUUUUUUGUUUCAAAAUGUAAGUAGUUUCCGAAUAUCUAGAUAACUUUUACAUUUAUUAGAUAUAGUGUAACCAAUCAAAUAAUAUCAAUUUUUUAUAAUUGGUUGAACUAAUUUUAAUAACUUAGCUUUUAUAUUUUCUUAUUUAAGUUUCAACAAAAGCAACGGUACUUCUUAGGUAAUGCCAAAUAGUUGAAAAACUUAUUUAUCUUGAACAGGCUGCAACAUACACGCGACUAUAUGUCCCUUCCAGAUGCAUUCUCAUGUGACCCUGACUUGCUCGGUUGGUUACAGAGAGACUACCCUGAAAUUAGUGAUUUAAAUAUGGCAGUGGGUCGGUUAAUUUAUUAACUCGAUACUGUUUUCAAGUAUAAAGAUCUUUUUUCAAAACACUCAAAACAAAAAUGGAUGCUUGGGUACUCAAGUUUCUGCUUCCACAACUUCUGAUUGUGUUGAUUAUUCAGCUUGCUGAUGCAAGCUCUGUCAUCAAAUAUCUUCCUGGCUUUGAGGGCCCUCUGCCUUUUGAGCUUGAAACCGGUUACAUUGGUGUCGGUGAGGCAGAGGAAGAUCAAAUGUUCUAUUACUUCAUCAAAUCUAAGAGGAACCCUGAAGAAGACCCUCUUCUUGUCUGGUUAAGUGGAGGACCUGGCUGCUCUUCUCUCACUGGCCUUUUUUAUGAGAAUGGGCCUCUGGCUUUCAAUGUUGAGCCCUACAAUGGAAGUAUCCCUUCUUUGGUCUCUACUACAUAUUCAUGGACUAAGGUUGCAAAUAUAAUAUAUUUGGACCAGCCUGUUGGGACUGGCUUCUCCUACUCAAGAAACGGAUUUGCUGAUAGACCAAGUGACACAAGAGCAGCUAAGCGGGUCAAUGAGUUUCUUCGUCGGUGGCUAGACAAGCAUCCUGAAUAUUUCUCCAAUCCUUUUUAUGUAACCGGAAACUCUUAUUCCGGUAAGGUGGUUCCAGCCAUCGUUCAAGAAAUCUCAAAUGGAAAUUAUAUAUGUUGCAAACCUCAAAUAAAUCUUCAGGGCUAUGUGAUCGGAAACCCGAUAACAAACUUUGAUUUUGAUAAUAACACUCGCGUUCCAUUUGCUCAUGGAAUGGCACUCAUAUCUGAUGAACUCUUUGAGUCGAUGAAGAGAAGCUGUGGAGGAGACUAUUUUCAUGUGGAUCCUCUUAACACGGAAUGCUUGAAACUCGUUAAAGACUACAAGAAGUCUGUCUCUAGAGUACAUGAAGCAAAUGUUCUGCAAUCAAACUGUGACAAAACAUCUCCUGAUUGCUAUAUGUAUCGGUAUUCACUAUCCGAAUACUGGGCUAAUAGCGACAGUGUACGCAGUGCACUUACAGUGGCGAAGGGGACUAAAGGAAAAUGGGAGCAAUGUAACUGGAGCUUGAAUUGCAAGCAAGACAUUCAAAGCAGCAUACCAUACCAUAUGAAUAACAGCGUCAAAGGCUAUCGAUCUCUCAUCCUCAGUGGUGAUCACGAUAUGACAAUCCCUUUCAUUGGAACUCAAGAGUGGAUAAGGUCUCUAAACUUUUCCAUUAUUGAGAAAUGGAGGCCAUGGAUGAUACAAGAUAAAGUCGCUGGAUACACCCAAACUUAUGCUAAUAAGAUGACAUAUGCCACUGUGAAAGGUGGCGGGCACACGCCAGAGUAUAGACCAGUGGAGAGCUUCAUCUUGUUCGAGAGGUGGAUAAGUGGACAAACUCUCUAAACCUAGAAACCUUAAUCUUGGAGUUAAUUAUUAUCUGUUUAAUUGAAGCCAAAAGUGCUUUGUUUCCGAAUGCAUAGAGAGACGCAUUAUGUUAUUAUUGUAUUGACUAACGUUUUUUCUUGUUUUGGACCGUU